AUGCUGAGACCACUCAAAAAACAAGCACCUAGGAAUGAACAAGCAGAUGAGGCAGCCUAUUUAGCUCACUUAGCAGUGCAGAGAAAUGCCAGCGCCUUCUUUGAGAAGUACGAGCGAAGUGAGCUGCAGGAAUUACUGACCACUUCAUUCUGUAGCUGGUUGGCAUCCAAGGAUGACUUGCGCCACCCACUAGACCUUCCCAGUGGACUUUUGAGCCAGAUGAAAAACUUCAAUGUUUCAACAGCUAUUUUGCUUGCUCCAGCAGAGCCAGAGGUAGAUUUGGACUGCAGGGAAAUCCAUCAAAUCAUCAGAGAGCUGUCUGUCGGAAUUUACUGUUUGAACCAAAUCCCUUCUAUCAGUCUAGAUGCUAAUUAUGACCAGAGCACUUCUUGUUCGCUGCCUCCGGCAUACUUUGACAGCAGAAUAGGGCAGAUGCUAAUCGCUGUCGACUACAUGCUGAAAGCCUUGUGGCAUGGCGCAUACAUGCCCAAAGAAAAACGGGUCAGGUUCUCUGAACUCUGGCGUUCCAGCAUGGAUAUAGACGGAGACGGUGUCCCCCAGACAGAAAGAACGGCAUGUGCAGAAUUCUGUCAAGCUGGUCUGUUUGAUAUUUCAAAAGAACCAGAUUUUCAAGGGAUCUAUGGUGAAAACUUGAAUGAAGAUCCUACAUAUGACCCAAACAGUGUGGAGGAAAAAAUGUUCUUUAUGCAGUUUGUGGACUAUAUAUUACUUAAGUUGACAUUCGCUACUACUGAGGUUCAGCAGUAUGAAAAUGUAUUCAAGUUUGAUGCAGCAUACAGCCUUUCUAAUGCCAUAAGAAUGACUGAGGACCGCCUUGAUACUUACUCAUAUCAGAGGCUGCAGCAGAGGCUAGUUCUUCAACAAAAGCUUGUGAAGAAACACCUAGAAAAAAAAGCAGAUAUCCGAAAACAAAUAGCGUACCUAAAAAUAAUGACUUUCCUUAUUCCAUUUAUCAUCAGUUUAAAAAGAAAAAAUAAAGUUCCAAAUUUGAAUCGCCUUCUUCAGCCAUAUUCAGAUGACAAAGUUAAAACUGAACGUGAAUUGCCUCCAAUUUUGCUAGGACCAGAUUUUAAGUGCCAGCAUUUUAUGUAUGCUCAGAAUCAGUAUUUCCAUCUCCAUGGUGGCAUUGAAUUUGAUAUUAGCACUCCUUCAGUUGAAGACAUCUCAGAUGACAUCAAGACCGCCUAUGAUGAUAUGUAUGCAUGUGCAGCAAACCAUCUUACUCAGCUGUUGGACCCAGAUGCCCCCUACAGAGAACAUUACCCCAUACCAAUGAUGGACUUUGAUGGCAGGAGCUAUUAUGUCAUCGGCAUUGAUCUUGAACCUUUUUACCUGCUUUUUAAGACCCAUUGGUGGGGAGCCAUAAAUGAAAUAAUAAGUACACUUAAACCCAAAAGGCUUCCAUUAACUGAUCUUCAAGCAAUGGAACAAUUCAAGAAAAGAUUUGGUUACAAGAAAGCUAUUAAAUGUAAGAGUCUGUCUUUUGGAAUGAAAUCUGCUGCUGAAAGAGGUCUGUCCGCCAUCUUCCUUACCUUCUGCCGCAAGAUGUCCAUUUCCAGUCUCAAUAUGACCGAUGAAAGCGGUUAUGCCCUUAUCCAUCAUGCAGCUAUCUACAACCGAGUGUCAAUUCUAUGUCAGGUGGUUAAAUCACAUCUGACUAUCAAUCAGAGGCGUACCUUACCAGCUAGCCAAGGAAAACGUUUCCAGAAGACAGAGACAAGGCCUGCUUUUGGCCCCACUGCCUUGCAUCUCGCCGCUCAGUGUGGUUCCCUGGAAGCACUUCAUUUCCUCCUGGCCUUAAAGGCAGACUACCGACUGCCCGAUGAACGAGGAUGGAUGCCUAUACAUUUUGCGGCCUUCUACGACAAUGUUGCCUGCCUCAUAAUUCUCUACCGAAAAAACACAGAGUUGAUAGAAGUUGAAACACGAUCUGAGUAUCACUCCACCCCACUUUUGCUUGCUGCUACAUCUGGGGCAUUGGAUACCAUCCAGUACUUGUUUUCUCUUAAAGCCGACUGGCUGAAAAAGGACGGUGAAGGAAAUAAUAUCAUUCAUUUGGCAGUGCUGAACUUUCACACUGAAGUUCUGAAGUAUCUCAUUGAGUUACAUAAUCCAGAUCUCCCAGUUUGGAAAACACUUGUGGGUAUGUUGGAUUGUGAGUCCUCUAAAAGGAAAGAGAUGGCAGUUCGAUGUUUAGAAGUACUGUGUCUCGCCAAAGAGAAUUAUUGGCACUGCAUUUUGGAAGCAGGUACUAUACCUUCGCUAAUCAAGCUGCUAGAAAGCAAAAACAUCCCGCUGGAGUGUCUCACCAUGGGGGUGCUGAGCAACAUCUCCACCCAUGACUCGAUUGCGAGAGCCUUUGUCCAGGCUGGAGGCAUUUCAGUCCUGAUUAAGCUAUUGAGUGUGGAGGAACCUGAGCUCUUGUCUCGCUGCGCUGUUCUUCUGUACGAUAUUGCCCAGCUGGAUGAUAAUCAGACCAUAAUUGCUGAACAGGGUGGCAUUCCUGCUCUGAUUGAUCUAUUACAGCACAACAUAGAAGAUCUGCUAGUGAAUGUCAUCAACUGUAUCCGAGUAUUAUGCAUUAAUAACAGUGAAAAUCAACUGAAAGUGAAAGAAGCCAUGGGCAUUGAACCCAUAGUUCAUUUCUUACACUCAGAGUCAGAUGUGCUACUGGCAGUAGCUUCAGCAGCAAUUGCGGAACUUGCUCGUGGGAAUAUGGAGAUGCAGAACGCCAUAACUGAGGCAGAAGUCAUUGGCCCACUAGUUGAACUUCUUAGAGGAAGGAAGAUAAGUGUCCAGGUGAAAGGUGCAAUGGCGAUUGAGGCACUCUGCGAAAGGAACACUUACAUCCAGAUGAGAUUUCUAGCCAAGUCCAUCACAAAAUUCCUUUUAAAGCUCCUGAAGGCUUUUCACCUGAAAGUAAAGGAACAAGGUGCUGUGACACUCUGGGCCCUGGCAGGGCAAACCUUGAAACAGCAAAAAUUCAUGGCUGAACAGAUAGGAUACAACCUGAUUAUAGAUAUGCUUCUCUCGCCCUCUGAUAGGAUGCAGUGUGUGGGAGGUGAAGCCGUCAUCGCUCUUAGCAAGGACAGCGAAACUCACCAGAAUCAGAUAUGUGAAGGAAAUGGAAUUGCUCCUUUGGUCCGGCUGUUAAGGAGUGGAAGGAUAGCAGACGGCACACUGCUCAGUGUCAUCAAAGCUUUGGGAACCAUGUGCAUUGGUGAAGCUAACAUAAGCAAUCCAGUCAGCCAAGAGAACGUGGUGGAUGAAGGGGCCUUGCCCAUACUGGUUCAUUUGCUUAAAACUCACAGUUCGCUUCAGAUAAGGGUUGAAGUUGCAUUUUCUUUGGCUUGCAUUGUUUUAAGGAAUAGCAGUCUGCAGAGUGUGCUGCAAGAGAAGGAAGGUUUUAAUUACUCUGAUGUCCUGGAGCUCCUUCAUGCACCAGAUAAGGAUAUCUGUCUACGGGCAGGAUAUGCUAUAGCCCUUUUUGGCUAUAAUAAUCCCAGCCAACAGUUAUUGAUCUUACAGUCUGGACCAAUUUCACUGACAAUAUUUGAGCCUUUUCUAAUAUCAGAAAUAGAGACAGAUAGAGCAACAGCUGCUUUUCAGAUUGUUGUACUAGCCAGAAUUAUAGUUGAUAUGGAUCAAGUUAGUUUGUCUGCAAAAGGAGUUUCUAUAUUGGUUGAACUGCUGUGUUCAGAAAAGCCAGCUACUCUAGUACUAACAGGAAAAUUAUUGGCUAGUUUGGCUCACACAAGAGCAGGUAUUCCAGAAGCAAUUACAAGUUUGGGAACUGUCCAGCGUCUUUGUUACCACUUAUAUGCAAAGGAAGAAGAGGUCCGCACAGCUAUGGCGAGUGCUCUGGGAUACCUAACAUUCAACCGAACUGCGUACCGCCAUCUAUUGGUACAAUGUAGGAAUAAGCCCAAAUUGUUUAAGAGGCUAAUAAUGAAUCUUAGCAAAGAUGCAAAAAUAAAUUCUGACUUUGUGAAAGAAUUCAAGAGACAAAAGAAGGUUGGACUUCCAUCUCUCAGUUUGGAGAUAAAUGGAGGGCCACCUGCAGUUCCUGUACAUAUACGAGACAAAUCACGGGGUUCUGGUGUCAAAGUGUACAAAUCAAAGUGCCGUCCAAAGGAUUCCCUCUUUUUAAUGCCCACAACAACUCAUCUAAUGGGCAGAUUAAGAAUGUUGGAGAAGCCCCGCAUUCCAGUCUCUGGACACUAUCCUUUUCCACACACCACAACAUCAGACCUCAUUCAAGUUUCAAGACCAAGAAUUGUUAACAUCAGCACUCUCAGGAGUAAUUUGCCAGGGAAAAAAAGCUUGAACACAGUUCCUACAUUGCAAUAG